CUGCCAUUCUCACCAUAAGCUAAUAGGAAAAAAGCACAUGUGUCAUAAGGGUAAAGGAGUCCCUGUGGAUUUUACUCUGCUAGCCGUUGCCGUCAGUGCUCAUCUCUCUUUCACCUGUCGUGCGCUUAAAACAACUCUAAGCCGUUCUGUCUCUCUAUCCAUUUCGAAAAUAUUUUCGGUUUGUUUUUUUUUUUGAAAGAAGCAUUGCAACUAUAUACAAUCAACGCUUGCAAAAACAACAACAGCCCCCAGGGAACGGUGACGAAAACACUUUUGACGAACGAGCAGCAGAACGUGUCUGCCAUAUUUUGAACUGCUUCGGCUCCCGUAAUUCCCCUCCAGCUUCCUACAAUACUGGGGAGGUUUGUCGAAUGACGGCCUGGAUAUGGAAUGGUCGUUUUGGGCAAAGCUGGGCGUCUCAGUCUUCUUUUUCCCUUUGCUGAUUCUUUUCGUCCUGCGGUUUGUGAAGCGACGUCCUGCUGUCACUCCUAAUGCUGAUGUCAAACUCCUGGUGGUUGCCGGUUCUGGAGGACAUACUACAGAAAUCUUAAGGCUGCUUAACAGCCUUUCCAAAAAAUACUCUCCCAGGCAUUAUGUUUUGGCUGAUUCAGAUAAGAUGAGUGAAGAAAAAAUCCGUUCUUUUGAAGAGAAAAGAGCUGCAAAAUACCCCGAUUCCUCGGAAUUACAGUUUGCCCUCCAUCGCAUUCCCAGAAGUCGAGAGGUCCGUCAGUCCUGGAGCUCUUCACUGCUAACCACCAUUCGUUCCUUAUUUUAUUCUCUUCCUUUGGCCUUCAGGCUCAACCCAGAUGUGGUGCUGUGCAAUGGCCCAGGAACGUGUGUCCCCAUAUGUCUAUCUGCCUUUUUACUCAAAAUACUGGGACUAAAGAAAAUAACCAUUGUGUAUGUUGAGAGCAUCUGCCGUGUUGAAAAUCUAUCUCUGUCAGGAAAAAUUCUUUACCACUUUUCAGAUUACUUCAUUGUCCAGUGGCCUGCUCUAAAAGAAAAAUAUCCCAAAUCUCUCUAUUUUGGAAGAAUAGUGUGACAUGCCACGAAGAAAUACAACUAGUGCCAGUACGACCACAAACAGACUCUGAAUUUCUUGAAUUUCUUUCAAGCUAGACCUGAUGGUAAAUCAAACAGACUGUAUGUGUGUGCCAUCCAAGGUCACAGAGUUGGCACCCUGGGAAUACUGUUGCUUUGUUGCUAGUUCCUAAAUCUGUGAUGUUUUUUUUUUUUAAAUUUCCCCCCCAAAUCUUGACUGCUAUAUUUAUAUUUAUUUUUGUACUCUACUAUAAUUGCAUUUAAUUGUUUUUAUUAUUGCCAUCCAGAGUCACCCGUCUGAGAUGGGCAGCUGCAGAAAUUAAGGAUGAAUCAAUUAAUAUGACACCAUACUGAUGUGUUAUGACAUGGCAUUAAAAUAUGAAAACAAAGCUUCGUAUGCGAUGUGAACUGAACUAGCGUCUCAGAAUUGAGAAAUUAUUGCUACAUUCCCAUUUCUUACUCUUGACUAAACCUUUUUUUCACAAAGUUUGCAAAGUUUUGACAAUAAUAGUUAAGAUGGCCGUAUACAAUCCCAUUGAGCUUUAUAUGGAAAAAGUCAAUUGAGAAGAUGCUAGUUAGAGCAAAUAGAGAUUCUUCCUGCCAAUUAUCCCUUAUUCCCUCCGGAAUAGAACUAUGUUUUAAGAUUCAGAUCAUACAACCCCAUUUCAGAGGCCAAUGAGAUAGAAAUGUGUGCAUGAGAGUGAGAGUUCUUUUUUGGUGUAACAAUGCUUGUUUCUUGUACUCAAGCAAUAAAAUACAGGUAGCCCUUGACUUACAACAGUUCAUUUAGUGACCAAAGUUACAACAGCACUGAAAAAAGUGACUUAUGACCAUUUUUCACACUUAACGAGCGUUGCAGCAUCCCCAUGGUCAUGUGAUUCACAUUCGGAUGCUUGACAACUGACUCUCAUUUAUGACGGUUGCAGUGUCCCAGAGUCAUAUGAUCCCCUUUUACGACCUUCUGACAAGCAAAGUCAAUGGGCAAAUCACAUUCGCUUAAUAUCCCUGUUUGCUCAUUUAAGAAACGGAAGUGAUUCACUUUACAAAUGUGACAAGAAAAAUCGUAAAAUAGGGCAAAAUUCACUUAAAUUUCCCACUUAGCAACAUAAAUUUGGGGCACAAUUGUCGUAAGUUGAGGACUACCAUAUCUGCUGAUUAUUUUAAGCAUGAAAGAAACAAUCAAAUUAACUUGGCCCCACCACAGUUUUCACUCUGCUGCUUUUUUUUCCAAAACUCAAAACAAUCUGCUAUCCUUUUCUUUUUAUCUUUUGGCCUAGCAGAGUGGUCCUGUGAUUUAAAGUGCAGUUAUUAAAGCCUUGUCUUGAAUUGUUAAAAAAUAAAAGAAGUACUGGAUGCCACAAACAGAAGCAUCAUUUGUUCUCAAGAAAGGCAGAUUUUCCAAGCUAAGCAUUAAAUCUUUUUAACCGUAUUAAAUUUCAGACAAGAUACUUUCAUCAGAUAAGCGACAAGAUUUUUUUUUUUUUUUUAGUAUUCUUGGUAGCCCCGUUUGUAAAUACUUAAAUGAUGGUUAACAAUGCCAAGAGGAGUGGAGAUGAGAGAGAAAUGCAAGAAAAAUACUAUUUUGUCAGCAAAGAUGAGCUUAGUGUAUUUAGGUUUUGUUUAAUACUUCCAGACAUGUGGGUUAGUACUUGAAAUCAUUUCCCUUAAAUCAGAAAUGGCAUUAAAUAUUAAACACUAUUGAGAAUAAUAGAUUUCAGAGGAGACUGGAUUUUCUGAAAUGUGUUGUAGUUGUCUGAGAUUGUUAGGCAAAUUCUAGUCCAAUAUUAUUCUGUGUAUAUAGCACAGUAAAACCCCAUUAUUCUGUGCAUAAAGCACUGAACAUAUCAGUCAUCGGUAUACAGCACAACGUAAGCAGACCGAUUUAGCAGAAACGCAAACAUUGCAGAAAAUAACAGAAAGAAAAACAAAUGUGUUACGUGAUACAUCUAUGGAGCCAAACAAUAGUCUAAAGUCUGUAUCUACACAAGCUUGCUACUUUUACUUCCUUCUCUGAUUCUUUUGAUUGAGCUAGAAAGAGAGUUUCAAAGAGUGUCUGCAUUUUACCCAUGUGAUAAAAUCAAGAUGUGUACUAAAAAAAAUAUGCUUUUCUAGUAUGUCAACUUGAUGCUGUCGGAUGUUUGUGUGAAAUUGGCAGGAGAAAGAACAUUUUCUGAAGGCUUUCCUUAGUUUGAUUGCAAAGUAAGUUUAAUAGCCCAUGAGAUCUGCUUCAGAUUUUUUGAGCAGUUCCAUUUUCAUUUUUAACAGAGAAAGUGGAAAUUGACAUAAUUAUGAUGGCACCAUAGCAAUCAAAUUUGGCUUGGCAAAGUCUUCUGAUGACACUGACUUUUAAAAGACAAAAAAUAACAGACAUAUAUUUCUGAAUCUUGUGGAGAGGGGGUAACUGAACAGUUGAAUGGAAUUCAGCUAAGGCCAGUAAUGUAAUUGAAUCUCUUUCCAAGUGUGUCUUAUGGAAUAGUAGGACUGAAGCAAGCAACUCAGCAAUCUCCAGAUAUUGUGGAUUCCCACCACCACCCCCUAUCAGUUCUCCACUAGCGUGGUCAAUGGGCUGUUUGAUCUGUAGUUCAGUCUGGUCUGCAUUGUAUUGCAUAUUUCUAAACCUCCCCCCCAUGUUAUCCCAUAACCCCUAAACGUAUACUGUAUGCAUAGAAUUUGGGUUUUUUUCCCCUUCCAUUCAAUUCUCAGAGACUGCUGCAAUUGUCUUGGAAUCCUGUAAUUUUCCUAGCAAAGUUUUUCAGCUGUGGUUUGCCAUUGCCUCCUUCCUAGGGUUGAGAAAGAGUGACUGGCUCAAGGUCACCCAGCUGGCUUCGUGCCCCAGGUGAGACUAGAACUCACGGUCUCUCCAUUUCCAGCCUGAUGCCUUAACCGCCACACCAAACUGGCCCUUUAUUAUGUGGUAACCAGAACUCAAAUUAGACUCACGGGAAUUUUUUAUCUUUUUAACCAAUGAGUUCACAGAAUUGUAUUAUGGCAUGUGUAUCCCAGUGCAAUGCAUACAUUGUGCAAACAUGUUUCCUCUGGCUUCAGCAGAAUUUAUUUUCAAAUAUGUGAUUAUAGGACUUCAUUUUUAUUCCAAUAACAGAUUCUAAAAAUUUGAAAUUACCAUUGAAUCGUAGGGAAUUCUAUGAGAUUUGAUAAUUUUAAAUAAAGUAUUUGACAUUUUUCCAUCUUUCCUUUUUAAGCUAAAGUACAUAGUUUUUGUUCAUUCCCAGUUUAUCUACACAACCAUCUUGUGAGGUAGGUAAGGAAGAUGGAUGGUAAUUAAUUGUGAUGAAUGAGCCAGGAUUUAAAUCUUUCUUAGCCUCAGUCUAAUCCAUGAACACAAAUAAUUUUCAGGGCUGUAAAUCUAGGUAAAUAUCACUUAACUUUAUCUCUCCAAUAAAUUUUCCUAUCUGA